AUUAAGGGAUUUAUAUUUUUCACUUCAGGGCGAGAAAUCAAUGUCUCAGGUACGCAGGCCGGCUGGAAAUACAGCCGAACAGCCCAUGAGGUUGCAUUGCGUGUGCUCCACCUGCUUUACACCGCAGCCCUUCCCCCAACCUGGGGUUUCUACCAUGCCGUAUCAAUGCUCCUAUUGCCGGCUGCAUGGAGUUGAUAUGAAGAUUCUCUACACGCGUCGUUCGUUUCCAACGGAGCACUCCACUCGGUAAUGCGGAGACAAAGAGCGGGGGUUUUAUGCAUGAAUAUCUUAUAUUAACAUUAUUAUUUGUUCGCAUUUUGUGUAACAAAAUAAA